AUGAGCCUUAAAUUCAUUAAGAGAUAUUAAACAUAAAUAAAUACAAUGUGCCAAGUAGUCGUAUAUUCAUUUGAAAGACUGAUUCCUUUUGAAAAACAUACUUAGGCACAAAGAAUUAUUAUUAUUAAUUAAUCUUAUACCCGAUUCAUAUCAAAUUGUAAAGUGCAGAAUAGUUUCAAAAUGACAGAAGAAAAAGUGUAUAGUGAAUUUAAAUAUGAAAAUGAACUCCUGUCCCCCUUUAAUUAUAUUCAGCAAGUGAAAGGCAAGCAGUUGAGAGUAAAGAUCAUCCUUGCGUUUAACUAUUGGUUCAAAGUGCCCAGUGAGAAAGUGCAUCAAAUCUUAGAUGUACUCAAUAUGCUCCAUAACGCAGCUUUGAUAGUUGACGAUAUUGAGGACGAGUCGAGUGUCCGGCGAGGGCUACCGGCGGCGCAUUGUGUUUACGGACUACCGAUGACAAUUAACGCCGCUUUCCAUGCAUUAUUUUUGGCAUUAGAGAAACUCUCGAAAAUAAGUCCCAAGGCAGGAGAAAUAUUAAUAGAGCAUUUUCUAGAAGUGGUCCGCGGACAAGGGCUAGACAUUUACUGGCGAGAUAAUUGCAUAUGUCCAACUGAAGCUCAAUAUAUGGAUAUGGCUCAACGAAAAAAUGGCGCAUAUUUAGUGAUGGCUGUCCGUUUGCUUCAAUCCUUUAGCGAAGACAAGACGGACUAUACUAACUUAGCUUUGACUUUAGGAAAGUACUUCCAGAUAAGAGAAGAUUACUGUAAUAUCGGUAAACAGGAGGCUUUAGAAGAAUGGCCUGGCUCGGAAGAUACACAUGCGAGGGAGACGAGUUAUUUCGAAGACCUGACAGAGGGCAAGUUCAGUUUCCCUGUCGUCCACGCAAGCAAUACACCAGAUGGCAACCAAAUACUGAAUAUUUUACGGAAACGGACCCGUGAUGCUAAUGUCAAGAAGUACUGCAUUUCGUUACUGGAAAAAAGCGGGAGCUUGCAGUAUACACGCGACGUCCUCCUAGACCUCGACAAGGCAGCCCGGGCAGAGGUCGCUCGUCUUGGAGGAAACCCGAAGAUGGAAGUUGUGCUUGAUGAACUCUUAAGUUGGCAAGAUCAAUAUGAAAUUAUACACUUACUUAGCUAAAUUGUUUAGGUGUAACA